GUAGGGCGUAAUUGGUGCGAGUAUUUAAUCAGAGGAUUGGGUUUCAUAAGGUCGCCUGGAACCGUCAGAUGUUCCACUAGGAGGGCUGGCAAUAUGGCGACAAUCGGAAGAACUCAUUUUCUCCUCGGUUUCCUGUGGCUUUGGAGCGCCGCCGUGUUGGCACAAGACACCGGAGGACAGCCGCAGGUAUGGCCCUCCUAUCGUGUCGAUGACCUGGACCCGGAGAAGCAACAGUGUCUAGAGACCGGAUGUUGCGUUCGUGGCCCCCCGGGCAUGCCGGGAACGAAUGGUAUCCCUGGAGGCAAUGGUGUCCCAGGAUCCCCUGGGAUCAGCGGGAAGGACGGCCUGAAGGGGGACCGCGGGAAGCCGGGAAGGCCGGGCAAGCCUGGGACUAAAGGCCUGAAGGGAGAGCCGGGGUCAUCGGCCGCGCUGCGAGCACCCAACAUCAAGCAAUGUGCUUGGCGCAAACUUAGUGACGAUAGGGACAGUGGGAAAAUUAAGGAAUGUCCUUUCAAUAAACGGGCCAGUAAUUCUUCCCUACGCGUCCUGUGGAACGGUGCGCUCAGAGUCACGUGUCCUACUGGCUGCUGCAAGCGGUGGUACUUCACCUUCAACGGGAUGGAGUGUUCGGGCCCCCUGCCCAUCGAGGGACUGGUCUACACAAGGGCGGGCAACGGCAUGAACGGACUCAACAUACACCGGGUUUCUACAAUUGAAGGCAUCUGCAGCGGACUCCCACAAGGCCGAGUUAACGUGGAGUUAUCUGUGCGCAACUGUGACGGCAUCAGCCACAGUGGGAACGCCUACACCGGCUGGAACUCCGUCUCCAGAAUCAUCAUAGAGGAGAUCAUGAUGCCUGAAGAUUCCAACUCGCGGUAAAGGGCACGUGCACACAUUUUCUGUAUGACGUGCGCAAAGUCUCUGUAUCACGUGCACAAAGUCUCUGUAUCACGUGCACAAAGUCUCCGUACCAUGUGCCCAGUUAUGCACCACGUGAUGGUCACGUGACAUUCACGUGACACACUUCAGCUGCAAUAUCCUAUAUAAAAACUACACAAUCUAUUCGAAAAAGCUUAGGAAUAUAAAAUAUCUAUUAAUUACGACAGCGCAUUAGAUGUAGUUUAGGAUCUUCAAGUAUGGAAUAUGUUUUAAGUGGUACUCAGAAAGAUGCAAACCGUAUGUAUGUAUUGGCCUGUAAAGUUACACAUUCCCUACAAACAAAUAUUCGUGUAUCAAAACUAUGACAUACAUCAUUAGUAUACUAGUAAAUUGCCAGAUAAACGAAUGAAAGCAUGCUUCAAAAUUUCAUCCAUAAUGAAAGUCUAUGUCAUAUAUAUGUACUUCAAUUUUUGGACAUAUCGGAAGGAUACCAUUGAAUAUUGUCACAAACGUUACCAUCUGGCAGAUUAUGUUGUCAAACGCGUUUCAAAAUAUUGCGUUAGUAAAAUGUUUGUUUCGGUAAAGGACAAUAAAAUGAAACAUAACAAGUCCUGCUACUAGGUUUUUAGACGUGUAGGUAGUGACAAGGGAUAUGGCUUAACGUUACAUAUAAAGAAGAAAAAAUGACUUGAUGUAUGCGAAGUAUAUCACAAGAAGGGACUUUGAUACGUUUUGAUAAUCGUCAAAUGAUCCCUCGUGUAAGUUUUCUAUUAUACAUAUGUCAUAUAUGAGUAAGCAGCUGUUGUAAAAGUUCAACACGCAAUGACGAUACGGAUAAGUAUGUCAUAUUGAACAGAGCCAUACUACACAAGCGAAUGUAAAACAUAAGCCAUACAGUAUACUACCUGCUACGUGCAAUGUUCUCUGUAUGAUUUUGAGUACAAUAACAACAUAUAUCCCAUGUAUAGACUGGUAACUGAAGUAAAAGAUUUGCAACAUCUUA